AUGUCUCCCUCAGCAGUCGAUAUCGUCUCGGCCCCAUCAGCCAUGGAAAAACCCACCAAAUCCAACAUCGGAGUAUACACAAACCCUGAGCAUAAGCUCUGGGUCGGAGAAGCCCAACCAUCCGUGGAAAGUGUCAGCAAAGGAGACAGUUUGAAGCCAGGAGAGGUGACAGUCGGGAUCAAGAGUACUGGUAUCUGCGGCUCUGAUGUCCACUUCUGGCACGCCGGGUGUAUUGGGCCCAUGAUCGUCGAAGACACUCAUAUUCUCGGACAUGAAUCCGCUGGAGUUAUAUUGGCAGUCCAUCCGUCAGUUGACACGCUCAAAGUUGGAGACCGAGUAGCAGUUGAACCCAAUGUUAUCUGUAACGAGUGCGAGCCAUGCUUGACCGGGCGGUAUAAUGGUUGUGAGAAGGUCCAGUUUCUGUCGACACCUCCGGUGGCAGGUCUACUCCGCAGAUACGUCAACCACCCAGCGAUGUGGUGUCACAAGAUCGGCGACAUGUCUUUCGAGGACGGAGCAAUGUUGGAGCCAUUGAGUGUUUCUUUGGCAGCUAUGCAAAGAUCCGGUGUGCGAUUGGGAGAUCCAGUACUCAUCUGUGGCGCUGGGCCAAUUGGACUCAUCACACUCCUCUGCUGCAAGGCUGCCGGCGCAUGUCCUAUUGUGAUCACAGAUAUCGAUGAAGGCAGACUGCAAUUCGCAAAGAAUAUCGUGCCUGACGUGAUCGUACACAAGGUCGAGCGAGUCUCAGCAGAGGAAUCUGCAAAGGCCAUUGUGGCAUCCUUCGGAGGCAUCGAACCAGCAGUGGCUCUUGAAUGUACAGGCGUGGAGAGCAGCGUCUGCGCUGCGAUCUGGGCCGCGAAAUUCGGAGGCAAGGUGUUCGUGAUUGGCGUUGGAAAGAACGAGAUGACAAUUCCGUUCAUGAGACUCAGUGUGCGCGAGAUUGACCUACAAUUUCAGUACAGAUAUAGCAACACCUGGCCAAGAGCGAUUAGAUUAGUGCAAAGCGGCAUUAUCGACAUGAAGAAGUUGGUCACUCAUCGAUUCCAGCUCGAGGACGCCGUGAAGGCUUUCGAGACGGCUGCGGACGCGAAGACUGGCGCCAUCAAGGUGCAGAUCAAGAGUGAGGAUUGA